AUGGGUUUGCCUCGAGCUCUUCCAGUCGUGGCUGGCGUACUCGCGCUGAUCGCCACCAUCACGAUUGUGGUCAUCCAUAUCGUGCUCGCGAUCCACAUUACCCAGGCGUCUCCUGUGAGAACGUCAUCAAUUUUGUCUUCGGUUAUGGAAACCAUCCUUCUGGUGGUUUUGGGAUGGAUGUUGUCAGCAAACCUGAUUUUCAAGCUCCGGAAUUCCUCCAAGCGAGUCAUCAGCGCCAUGUUUGGCGUCAGCGUCCUGGCAUGUACUAUGGCUACUGCGGCGUCGGUUGCCACCAUGAUUUGCCUCGGCAAUGCGACGAGGAACCUAUCAGACUCUGUUCUUGGUGCUAAGCAGACGAGCUUUCUCAUCGCGUCGUCCGCCGCUCUUGGCCUUUGUUUUGCGUGUCAGCUCGUUUUCAUCGUCAUUCACUUUGUUCUGGCGCGCCUUUCUGCCAGGGAGGAGGCAGACUCUUACAGCAAGGACGAAGAGUCGAGAAGAUCACCCACGGUACACGUCAAGUCAAUCCCUUACAGCCGUACUUCGCCCACCUACGAAGGCAGGAGCCGGUCUACUUCGAUGGGCUCUCAGACGCCACCUCCAUCGAGCAGUGGCCGCUCCGCAACCGAGACGCUGAGCUCAAUUCGCUCUUCUCUUUCAAACGUCGUUCGCCCCAUCUCCUCCAGGACUCGCCUGCUCCCGUUGAGGGAAAAGCGUCGGGCGGAGUCGAUCGACUCGAACCACUAUCGCUCUCGGUCAAGCAGUGUCAACGAGGACUCGUCAUUCGAUUCUUGGGACACCUCGUCGGUUGACAUGCAAAGCCGUAUGACCGUACUUGGCACAUCUUCCCCAGUCCCUGGCGGCCGCUUCCUGGAGACAAUUCCUGCCAGCCCUACUACAAGCCGCAGCCCGAGUCCUGGUGCGCCACUAGACACGGAUUUGGAGCCUCCACGUGCUCCCCGUAGGAGCCGCAGUUACAGCCCCGUGGGAUCACUUCGACGUCCAGAGCCUGCUUUUAGCAUGGAGUCUGCCAGUGAAUCCCACAUUCACCCUCUGUUCCGGUCCGAUUCACCAGACCCUCCACCCAUGGUGACACCUGGCACAAUUGUCACGGCGGCGCCCGACGCUUGCCGGGUCAUCUCGGACCGGCAAAGCGUUCGCCGAAUGAGAAGCGGCAGUCUGCCCUCGGGUCCCAGUCCUCUGAGUCGUACAAACAGCGUUGAGAACUUCUUCCCCAAUGGCGAACCUGUCAAGGAGGAGAAGGCGGAGCUCGAGUCGCCCCAAGAGAAGGACGAGGAUCCGACCGAACGACAGAUGACACCCCCGAUCCCGGAGUGGAUACUGACCGCCGGAGCCCGCACGAGUCUUCACGGGUACCAGACCCGGAAGCAUCGGGUCGAGGACGGGGAUGGUCCACAGGAGCAAUCAUAA